CGUCCGUCGACGCCGACAUUUCUCCCUUUGCCUUGACCGUUCGUGGAAGUUAAGAGAGAGAAACAGAAACACAUAAUUAAAAGUCUCUUAGAAAGAGUCUUUUUGUUCCUAAACAGGUAUUUCCCAUUCUCUUCUCCUUAAUUUUUCCUCUAAUCUCUUUUUCUUUAAUCGUAAAGUUUUCAUCUUUUGAGCUUAUUGUGCUUGAGUUUGUACUUCUGCUUUCUGGGUGUUUCUGGGUUUCUCUUAUAUUACUGUUUAACUUAUAGUUGAAACUGUAUAACUGUCAUUCAAGCUGGAUUUUGUUAGGGUUUAUGAGCAUAAGGGAUUAAUUUUUCCUUACAAGAAAUUACGUCCUUCAACCCAAUACUCUAAAUUCUAAACCCAUGUGUGUGUAUUUUAUUUUACCUAAAUUAGCAUCCUUUUCCCAUAUCUGUUUUGUAAAGUUAUAUUCGGCUGAAUCUUGUUCAAGCUUUCUUUCUUCUACAGUUCCGAACAUAGCUGGGUUGUAAUGGUCUUUUGUUAGUUUUGUAAUCAUAACUGGAGAAGAUUUUAGACUAAUUUGUCAUGUUACAUAGAGUCUACGAUUUUAACUGGAAUAUGGUACUGUAUGGGACUGAAAACAUUUUAUGUUGUAUUUAUUCUAAAUUGCUUUUUGGAAUUUAGAAGACCUUGAGAAACUAUAUCUGAUCAGCAGUUUAAAUCUAAAACUUUUUAAUGGAGCAACACCAGCAAUUUUUUCGUUUUUUCCCCCAACUGCAAUAAUAUUGAUCCAAAGUUUGUUGUUCAAGUUAAUAAUAUGUCAUGCUCUUGUGCAACAUCUGAUGGAGCAAUAAAGUUUCAAACUUAAUUUGUCUCCUUAAGCCUGAGAAAUGUAGGGCAGAAACAUGAUAUUUCUCUUUCCUGAGCCUUAGAGUGAGAUUUUCUGCAGUGAGACACAAAUGUGAAUGUUUAACUACUCUUUUAAGUUAUUUUUGCUUGAGUAAUAUUCACUUUAUAUGACAAUUUCAUCGUUUCUAAUAGACCCCAUAUUUACAUCUUUUUAUAUAUGCAUCUUUGCCUCCUAUCUUGGUCUCUUAUCUUGGCUAUCUAUGUGACACAGCCUCAGCUGCGCAUUGUAUAGGGGUGUCUUUUCCCCACUGAUGUUCCAUAAUCAAAAUCACAGUACCCAUCAAAUCUGCAGAGCAAAUGCCAUCUUUACGAAUGAAGACCAAACCAAGCACGGGUUCUUUAAGAGAAAAAAAUGGUCUUCAUGUGUGCCAAAAGUCUUGUAAGAUCUCCAAAAAGUCAUGCUCUCAUGUCAGGAUCUCCCAGAAAGCAGCUGAGUGCGAUAUGUUUUGUCAGAGCUGUUGUGAUGGAUCAUUGGUAGUAUCCUGUCAGGAUUUUGAAACUGAUGAAGCUAUUAACCAUCAACUAACCAUGAGGGAAGAAGAUUCUGAGAUCCUGAAGCAGCCACAGGUGUUUAUUGAUUCCUCUACUGUUGGAAGAAUGGAAUGUGCCCAGACAUAUGCAUCAGACCUGGAGACAAUUUUCUCUCCUCUUCUGGAGCAAAUUGAAAUGCACCAGGAACCAAGUAUUGACAAUGACACAGGGACUGAUGAUGGCCCUGAAAUGCCUUCAUUAGGAGCUGAUGAAAGUGAUGAUAACAAAAGCUCAACUGACAAUCAAACAUGUAAUGUAUCAGACUUCUUUAUCUCUGACAUGAUUAUUGCGAGCAUACCAUAUGAUGGAAAUGCAGUGGAUGAUAAUAUCAUCGGAACCGGUUCCUUUCCUGACUUCAAAUAUUCUGAGCCAAGUAUGUUAUUUGACAUUUCUGAGCAAUAUAUGAUAUUGCCUUCCCUAGAGGAGACUGUCAGAGCCCACAUUUUAGAUGAUGUUAAACCAUGUGAAGAAGUCAUAAUGCCUCAAGAUAAUGCGGGCUUGUAUCUAGCAAUUGAUCGGAUGAGAUCCUGCAAUGAGGAAUUCGACGUUAACUCCGACAUAGAUCAAGCAGAAGAAUUUGAUCCACAGUCAUUCAUAAAAAAUGUAUCAGAACUAUCUGAUGUGGUAUCUAAUUUUCGGCCCAGUAUGGUGCCAAAGGAAACUCAAAAAAGGAAGUCUGUGACACUUGUACUUGAUUUGGAUGAAACUCUUGUCCACUCAACCCUGGAACAUUGUGAUGAUGCAGACUUCACCUUUACAGUCUUUUUCAAUAUGAAAGAGCACACUGUAUAUGUAAAGCAGAGGCCUCACCUCAAUACUUUCUUAAAGACAGUUGCAGAUAUGUUUGAGGUCAUUAUCUUCACUGCCAGCCAAAGCAUCUAUGCAGAACAGCUUUUGGAUAUAUUGGACCCAGAUGGGAAGCUUAUAUCUAGGCGUGUUUAUCGUGAAUCAUGCAUUUUUUCGGAUGGGAGUUAUACUAAAGAUUUGACAGUUUUAGGUGUUGAUCUAGCAAAAGUUGCUAUAAUUGAUAAUUCUCCUCAGGUUUUCAGGUUACAAGUGAAUAAUGGGAUUCCUAUUGAGAGUUGGUUUGAUGAUCCAUCAGAUUGUGCACUAAUUUCAUUACUUCCCUUCUUAGAGACUCUUGUUGAUGCAGAUGAUGUCCGCCCUAUCAUUGCUAAGAGAUUUGGUAACAAGGAAUAAGAUUCCUUUGUUUUUUUCUCAAUAGUUUUCAAUAUAUCACCUUGUCCCUCUUGUUUGUUUUAAGCAAAUCUGGCCUCUAAUUGAAAGCUCAAUUCUCUUUCCUUAGAGCUCUUUAGCUAAUCAAGUAUAAAAUAAGUCUCAUCUUUUUUCUCAUUAUUGGGUAAGCUCUUCUGUUCUUGUUUCCUUUCUUUUUCUCUUCUCAGUUGACCACCGAGUGGAGUGCUCUAUCUAAUUUUUCUCACCAAAAGGUAGUUAUAAAAAUCUCCGGUUAUUUUGUACAGUUGAAGUUGCAAUCAUAUGAGGGGGUGUAUAUGAAUUAUUAUCUUAUGAAAUAUAAUUUUGUGAUAUUA